AUGUCGGGCCAGGGCGGUACUCAGUCUCCUCCCCUUCAGGGACGCGAAAAUGACCCCAUGGGACAGUCGGCUCCCGGCAAAGACUCAAAGGCUAUUCCUGACGAGCAGCAGCGCGGAGGCGUGUUUGGCGAUGGCGAAAAUAAGGGUGCCGAGAGUGGCCAGGCUGGCGACGCCAACGACGGCGCCGGCAAUCUCAAAAAUGCCGUCAAUAAUGCAAAGCACGCUGCAGCUAACCAGCCCGGCAAGUGA